AGAGGACAAAAAAAAUAACCAUCCGCGACGCUGAGCCGAACCAGACCAGCAGCCACCAUGAACAGCAAAGGUCAAUAUCCAACGCAGCCAACCUACCCUGUGCAGCCUCCUGGGAAUCCCGUGUACCCUCAGACCUUGCAUCUUCCUCAGGCUCCACCCUAUACUGAUGCUCCGCCUGCCUACUCCGAGCUCUAUCGUCCAAGCUUCGUGCAUCCUGGGGCCGCCACAGUCCCCACCAUGUCUGCUGCAUUUCCUGGCGCCUCACUGUAUCUUCCCAUGGCCCAGUCUGUGGCUGUUGGACCUUUAGGUUCCACAAUCCCUAUGGCUUAUUACCCAGUUGAUCCAAUCUAUCCACCUGGCUCCACCCCCUGGAUGCCCUCCCAACGCCACUCAGCUUGCAGUCAUGCAGGGAGCCAAUGUCCUCGUAACUCAGUGGAAGGGAAACUUCUUCAUGGGUGGCUCAGAUGGUGGCUACACCAUCUGGUGAAGAACCAAGGCCACCUCUGUGCCGGGAAAGACAUCACAUACCUUCAGCACUUCUCACAAUGUAACUGCUUUAGUCAUAUUAACCUGAAGUUGCAGUUUAGACACAUGUUGUUGGGGUGUCUUUCUGGUGCCCAAACUUUCAGGCACUUUUCAAACUUAAUAAGGAACCAUGUUAUGGUAGCAGUACCUCCUUAAAGCAUUUUGAGGUAGGGGAGGCAUCCAUUCAUAAAAUGAAUGUGGGUAAAGCAGCCCUGAGGAUCUUCCUUUAAUUCCUCUGGAGUACUACUGUACCAUACUGGUCUUCGCUCUUAGUAAUAAAACAUCAAAUUAGGUUUGGAGGGAACUUUGAUCUUCCUAAGAAUUAAAGUUGCCAAAUUAUUCU